CAACUGCGCAGCGAUGCCAAGCUGUCGACUGGUGCGCGCUAUAUAUAUCAGCAUCGCUCUUCUCCCGGCGGCGAGCAGAGCAAAUAAAGAAGCAUGCAGGGGCAGCUAGCCAGCAAUCAGAGAUGGAUUAAGGCUAAGCUCUCAGGAAUUCCUCUUCAAACCACUUGCUUGCGAGGAUCAUCGCCAACUCAGGCGGCCAUCUGGCGAUUGGCAUGGACGCUGGAGACGCCAUGGGCAGAGGCGAGCGCGCGCCGCUCUUGCGGCAGAUCUCGUACCGUUCGUUCAAAAGAAAACCGAGUCGUGGGCCAAGGGUUCUAGAUGAGACCCCAGAAGUGGAACUGCUGGAGGACAAGAAGAAAAUGGGUAGCAAGGCACCAGCAGUAGUGCUAGGGUUUGAAUGUCUGGAGAGCACGGCGUUCAAUGGCAUCUCGACUAAUUUGGUGGUGUAUCUGGAGACCGUCCUCCAUGGCAGCAACCUGGCGAGCGCGUCCAACGUCACGACGUGGUUUGGCACGAGCUAUCUCACACCCAUCUUUGGAGCCAUCAUCGCCGACACGUUCUGGGGCAACUACAACACCAUCCUCGUCUCCCUCGCCGUCUACAUCCUUGGAAUGAUUGUGGUCACCUUGACGGCAUUCAUGCCGGCGCCAGCCGAGGUGUGCACACCCGGCUCGUCGUGCGUUACGGGCAACGCUACUUUGCCCUUCAUUGGGCUGUACCUCGUAGCGAUCGGGAGCGGCGGUGUGCGGUCCUCUCUGCUGCCGUUCGGGGCUGAGCAGUUCGACGACGUGAGCGGUGUGGAGGACCAGGAGGGCAAGAGAUCCUUCUUCAGCUUGUUCUACCUCUGCGUCGACUUCGGCCCAAUUGUGUCCGGCGUGUUCAUCGUAUGGAUCCAGCAGAACGUCAGCUGGGGCCUCGGCUUCGGGAUCUCCACGUUGUGCAUUGCGCUGGCCUACGGUGGCUUCGUGUACGCCACGCCCAUGUACAAGCGCAGCAUGCCCACCGGGACGCCGCUCAAGAGCCUGUGCCAGGUGGUCGUUGCCGCAUUCAGAAAGGUCAGCCUCACGCUGCCCUUUGACGCCGACCAUCUAUACGAUGUCAGCGGCGACUCCAUGGAUCCCCAUGCCAGGAUCGCGCACACGACGGAGUUCAGCUUUCUCGACAGAGCGGCCAUCAUUUCUGACUCGGAGUUGGAGGACAGGCUGCUGGACGCACAUAGCUCGUCUUGGACGCUCUGCACGGUGACGCAGGUGGAGGAGCUCAAGAUCCUCCUUCGGCUCUUACCAAUAUGGGCCACCAGCAUCGUCAUCUCCGCCGCCUACUCGCAGAUGAACAGCACCUUCAUCCUGCAGGGCAGCGCCAUGGACAUAAAUAUCUUGUCGGUGCCGAUACCAGCAGCGUCCCUGAGCUCCUUCGAGGUGCUCUGUGUUCUGGCUUGGGUGCUCCUAUACAGCAAUUUCAUCGUGCCGGCUCUCAAUAACUUCUCCUCUGACGGCCACUGGGAGCCGUCACAGUUGCAGCGGAUGGGUGCCGGGCGCGUCCUCAUGGCACUCGCCAUGGCCGUUGCAGCGCUCGUGGAGAUGAAGCGGCUCGACAGUGUGGCAACAGGCGAGGUGAUUGGCAUCGCCUGGCAGCUGCCACAGUAUUUCUUACUUGCAGGCGCCGAAGUCUUCUGCUACAUCGCGCAGCUGGAGUUCUUCUACGGCGAGGCACCGGACUCCAUGAAGAGUAUGUGCACGUCUCUUGCGCUGCUCACCAUUGCUCUUGGGAGCUACAUGAGCUCGCUCAUAUACGCUGUCCUGGCGGCAAUCACGGUGAAACCGGGCAGCCCCGGGUGGAUAUCCGAUGACCUUAACCAGGGCCACCUAGACUACUUCUUCUGGAGCAUGGCUGUCAUGUGCAUACUUAACUUCGCCGUGUACAGCGCAUUCGCCAGGAAUUACAAGCUCAAGACGAUCCUUCCCUGAUUGUCGUUUACCUUUACUUCUUGAUCACCGAGCCUUGAAGAUUCCAUCACACAAUCACCAAUGGUGGUUUGUAGCAGUAGUAGUAGUACAAUCAAACACAAGGACACAAAGACUCAGAAGAAAAACCAGGAUUAGUUUUCCUUCUUUUCUCCGUCCUUAUAAAAGCAGGGCUCCAACUGCACUGCAGGUUUUGCCCAUAUAUGCCGCGAGAAUUUGUAUCUAUCAUGUACUAUCAAUAUGUAUACAAGAAGGAUGGUACUUAAGAUAA